AUGAUGGCCCUCCGGCGAGCUUCUGCUGUCCUGGUUCUGUUCCUGGUGGCUCUUCUGCCCCCACCCCAGUGCGCCCAGGACCCGGGCAUGGUGCACUACAUCUACCAGCGCUUUCAAGUCUUGGAGCAAGGACUGGAAAAAUGUACCCAAGCAAUGAGGGCAUACAUUCAAGACUUCCAAGAGUUCUCAAAAAACAUAACCACUAUGCUGGGAAGAUGCCAGACCUACACAAGUGAGUAUAAGAGUGCAGUGACUAACCUGGUCCUGAGAGUCGAACGUGCACAACGGGAGAUCGACUACCUGGAGUACCUGCGAGAAGCUGACAUGUGUGUGGAAUCAGAGGACAAGACCCUGGCAGAAAAGCUCAUCCAAGAGGAGGAAGAAGAGAAGAAGAUCCGGACUCUGCUGAAUGCAAGCUGUGACAACAUGUUGAUGGGCGUAAAGUCUCUGAAAAUAGUGAAGAAGACUAUGGACACACAUGGCUCUUGGAUGAAAGAUGCUGUCAGCAAUUCCCAAAAGGUUUAUUUCCUAGUUGGAUCCAGAAACAAAACUGUUUGGGAAUUUGCAAACAUGCGGGCAUUCAUGGAGGAUAGCACCAAGCCAGCCCCGCGGAAGCUAAUCCUAACACAUUCCUGGCAGGGAACAGGCCAAGUGAUCCACAGAGGUUUUCUGUUUUUUCACAACCAAGGGACUCUCAAUGAGAUCAUCAAAUAUAAUCUACAGAAGAGGGCUGUGGAAGAUCGGAUGCUGCUCCCAGGAGGGGCAGGCCGAGCACUGGUCUACCAGCACUCCCCGUUGACAUACAUUGACCUGGCUGUGGAUGAGCAUGGGCUCUGGGCCAUCCACUCAGGGCCAGGCGUCUAUGGCCAUUUGGUUCUCACAAAAAUUGAACCUGGCACACUGGGAGUGGAACACUCAUGGGACACUCCAUGCAGGAGCCAGGAUGCCGAAGCCUCCUUCGUUUUGUGUGGGGUUCUCUAUGUGGUCUAUAGUUCUGGCGGCUAUGGCCCUCACCGCAUCACCUGUGUCUAUGAUCCACUGGGCAAUAUCAGUGAGGACGAUCUGCCCAAACUGUUCUUCCCCAGACGGCCAAGAAGUCAUUCCGUGAUCCAUUACAACCCCAGAGAUAAGCAGCUCUAUGCCUGGAAUGAUGGAAACCAGAUCAUUUACAAACUCCAGACAAAGAGAAAACAGCCUCUGGAGUAGUGCAGUACAGCAAGGAGGGAGAGCACUAAGGCUGUGGUUGCUGCUCCCUGGGACACUGAGGCCACAGCCCCUUUGCAAUACUGUAUCCCUCUGAUCACAUACAGGGAUAGGGACUAGAACUGGGCUUGCAUAUGCAUCCUUCCCCUGGAUGUUACGGCCUGAGUUAUCUUCCAAGAGCGUAGAUGAGAGUCUAUCAUUCGGAAAUUUUCAACUUCCAUCACCCAUCCAAACCUCCUGGCUCUCAAGGCCUUGCACAUGCUGAUCCAGCUUACGGCCUGCCUUUCCUUUACCCCCACCCCUCCAUCCCCCUCCCCUGCCAACAGUUAGCAAUGUAGCCCACCUCCUAAUACUCCUGGCUCCUGUCCUGACCUUUCCUGAUGCUCUUUCCUCUUUCUUAAAUGCCCAUUGGUAUUCUUCCGUUUUUCACUGCCCAACUAAAGUACAAUUUCUUAUUGAUGUUUAAUCUCUGUGUCCCCCAGCUCUGCCCCUUCACCAAGCUGAGGAGAUACAAGAGGAAAAUAAAGCCACUCACGUUUAAAUACCACUUGGCAGUUACAAAGUGUUUGCUCCUAUGUACAUCAUUUAAUUCUCAUGCCAUCCUGUGAGAUAUGCAGAAGAGGUCUUUAUAAUUGCCAUUUUAGAGAUGACAGAAGUUUAGGUGAGCCAUUCAGAGGAACACAGCCUCAAAAUGAAAAUAGGUCUAGAAAAUACCGCAAAUCCCAUAGUCUUUCCAUUGCCCAAGGGAGCAUCAAAUACGUAUGUGUGUUCACCCAGCCUUUUAUAAGCAAUACGUAUGUUCAGCGUCUCAUCCUAAAAAAUCAUGGUCUGUCCCCUGCGGCUGGUUUUCAUGUCUGCAGAAGACCUUUCCGUAAGACUUUCAAAAGCUACUUCCUCCAGAAAACCAGCCUACAGCCUAAGGGUGAGGACCCCACCUGCAGCCUCAUCUUGUCCUACCUUCCCGUGUCUCUUUCCUUGCUGGAAACACAAUAAAACCGACACUAAGC